CGAUUGUUUCAAUCCAUCUUGCAUCGGGCCCUUGCAGGUAGGAUAUUGUAUAACUGGUUGUUGUACAUCCUCCGUUGCAGAUGCAUGUCAUCGGGUGUCUUGUUUUAAAGAAGAUACCUCUGUAAAUAUAUUCGGUUUCGCUUGGAAUGUUGUUGUUGCCAGAAGGCUGUUGUCUCUCAUGUUGUAAUCCAAGAAGCUCCUAGCAACAACAUGUCAAGUGAAACUGAAUAUAUUUAGUGAGGUAUCUUUACAUUAAAACAAGGCACCCGAUGAGAUGCAACACAACAUGUAUAGUAGCCCACCCGCAAGUGACCGAUGCAAGAUGAGUCGAAACGGUCGUUGUGAUGCAUAUUCUCGUGAACUCCGUUUCCCCAAUUCAUUAUAUGUAUUUAUAUAUGUAACACUGAUGUUUAUGUGUGUGUGUGCGUGCGUGCGCAUUAGUUUUAUGCAUGUGGACGCUAACCGGCUCAGCAGUUUUAUGAACCCCUUAUUAAUGUAGCAACGUCAAAAGUAAACAUUAGAAAUUAUAAUUCUUCUUUACUUGACUUGAUCUGCUAAUCAUGUGUUUACUCUAGUUCUGUUGCCCUACAACUUACUAUAGUGAGGGGCAAAUGUAGGACAUCUUAAUAUGUUUAUCAUGUCUCUAACACACACAUGUAUCAGGUUAUAGAAGGUCCUUAUGGAAGAUUUAUUUCACUGACAAACAUCAAAUGUAUUUGAUCAGUUUGAUCUAGUACCCAGUAGAAAACUGUAAUGACAUUGAUAUCAACCCUGAUUUUCAUGUAAAUUUUCAUUUUCCAUUUUUACCUCCACAAAGGAUUCGGUGAAUUUAGAAAUUGUGAACAAAAAAUAUAGGACACCAUUGCUUGAAGCUGUUUCGAACGGUCACCUCGGAAUAAUGCAGCGGCUGAUAGCCAGGGGCGCGAAUGUAAAUGUUGUCGAACAUGGAGGAAAUAAUUGCCUGCAUCUGGCGUUAAAAAGAGAAAACAACUUUCAUUCUGAGGUGGAGCACAUGACCAUGUUAGAUCAGUACUUAAAAGAUCUGAAACUGGGAAAGAAACAAAGGUACUCUGGUGUGGUAGUUGCUUGCUACCUAGCCCACCACGGGGCCAACUUUUACUGUAAAAACAAAAUUGGCAGAACACCAUUGGACCUAAUAGAAAAGGAAAAUUUAAAAAAGACGUUAAAGACGUUAUUCUCACCGCAAUGUGUGUUUUGUGAAGACGAAGUGGCCACAGAGACGUUCUUUCCAUGUAAACAUCUUUCGCUGUGUAAGAAAUGCUGUCCCCCAAAGAUACCUAAACAAUGCCUCAAGUGUGGACAGAAUAUAACGAGCAAAAAUAGUUUGGAGGGUCCAAAGUGGUCAAAGCCGGAAAUCCAGAUGUUAGCAGAACCACCUGGUGAGUAG